CCCUUGAAUCUGAACCCAGAUAGUGAAUGGAGUGGGGCAUUCAAAGAUAACGAGCAGCUGAUUCAGAUAGAUAAAGACUGCAGACGCCUGUGCCCAGACUUGUCUUUCUUCCAGCAAGCUACAGACUUCCCAUGUGAGGAUCUAGUCAGUGCCACAUCCAAUGUGGAGACUUUGAGGAAGAGAGUGGAACACUGCGUCCUGCAGUCAGAAACUGUGGCUAGGAAUCGGAUGGGCAUCUAUUUUAAUAUUACAGUAAAGAAACGAUCAGCCAGCGAUGAGUACGCACUGCUUCCAGAUGGCAAGGAGGCUCACUGGGAGGUUGUGGAGCGGAUUCUGUUUUUGUAUGCAAAAUUGAAUCCAGGUCUUGGAUAUGUACAAGGUAUGAAUGAGAUUCUUGGUCCCAUCUACUACACAUUUGCUACAGAUUCUGAUCAGGAAUGCAGAAAACAUGCAGAAGCAGAUUCCUUUUUCUGCUUCACUGGGUUGAUGGGUGAGAUUCGAGACUUUUUCAUCAAAACUCUGGAUGAUUCUCAAUGUGGGAUCGGCAGUAAGAUGAACCAGUUGAUGGAUAUGGUCAAAGAGUAUGACAGACCACUGUGGCAAAGACUGCAGGAUCAAGAACUGAGGCCCCAGUUUUACGCCUUCAGGUGGAUAACAUUGCUGUUGUCACAGGAGUUUCAGCUACCGGAAGUGCUCAGAAUCUGGGACUCUUUGUUUUCUGAUCCCAACAGAUUUGAUUAUCUUAUUUCAGUUUGCUGUGCCAUGUUGCU